AUGUCGUUGGAACAAAAACUGAACUACUUGUGCUCAGGAAUCCCCGUGAAGUGUCUGCCUCCUAAAAAGACUGGCCAAGAUCCCUCGGUGCCACAUGCUCCUGUCAGGACGCCAAAUCUGAACAAACACGACACCAAGAUAGCGUUACAAAAUGCCUUGCGGUACUUUCCGCCUGACAUGCACCAGUCUCUUCUUCCAGAAUUUCUCGAUGAACUGAUGAAAUAUGGCCACAUUUACAUGUACAGAUUCCUACCAACACUUCAAAUGAAAGCCUACCCAAUAGAAUACUUUCCAUGCCACAGCAAGCACGCAUGCGCCAUGGCCCACAUGAUCUUGAACAAUCUUGACCCAAGGGUAGCUCAGUUCCCACACGAACUUGUCACGUAUGGUGGCAACGGACAGGUCUUCAAUAACUGGGCCCAGUUUUGGUUGACCUUGAACUACCUGACGUUGAUGACCGACGAGCAGACGCUGGUGUUAUACUCAGGUCAUCCAAUGGGUCUCUAUCCAAGCAGCAGGAGGGCUCCAAGGAUGGUCAUCACGAAUGGAAUGAUGGUGCCAAAUUAUUCCAGCAGAGAAGAAUACGACAGAUUGUUUGCCCUUGGCGUCACUUCGUACGGACAGAUGACGGCGGGAAGCUUCUGCUACAUUGGGCCACAAGGCAUUGUACAUGGCACCACGCUUACAGUUUUGAACGCUGGACGAAUCUACUUGAAAAAAGAUGAUUUAGCUGGCAAGGUGUUUGUGACUUCAGGUCUUGGAGGAAUGAGUGGAGCACAGGCGAAGGCAGCAGUUAUCAGUGGAUGCAUCGGAGUUAUAGCUGAGGUGGAUGAAGCAGCGUUAAACAAACGUCACGAACAGGGAUGGGUGGUUGAGAAGGAGUACUGCCUGGAUAGGUUGGUGGAGAAAAUAAGGAAGUCACGUGAACGAGGCAAGCCCCUUAGCAUUGGAUACCUUGGAAACGUCGUGCAUGUUUGGGAGAAAUUAGUAAAAGUUUAUGAAGAGACGGGCGAGUUGCUUGUGGAGUUGGGGUCAGACCAGACCUCCCUUCAUAACCCCUUCCAGGGUGGUUAUUACCCCGUCCAAUUGUCGAUGAAGGAAUCCCUGCAAAUGAUGAAGGACGAUCCCUCAAAGUUCAAGGAGUUGGUUCAGGAAAGUUUAAGGCGCCAGGUGGCAGCGAUAAACAAACUUUCCGAAGCUGGAAUGUUUUUCUGGGAUUAUGGAAACUCCUUUCUCUUGGAAGCACACAGAGCUGGAGCAGACGUGUUGAAAGCAGACGCUACCGCUCUGAAUGAUUUCAAAUUCCCUUCAUACGUGCAGCACAUCAUGGGAGAUAUUUUUUCGCUUGGCUUCGGACCGUUCAGGUGGGUGUGUACGUCAGGCAGACAUCCAGACCUCCAGAGAACUGACCAGAUAGCUGCCAAGGUUUUGGAGGAGGCAAUCAACGAUAGCUCUGUUCCAGAGGAGGUGAGUCAACAAUAUCGAGACAAUCUAACUUGGAUAAAACAGGCAGAAGAACAUCAGCUGGUUGUUGGCAGUGAGGCCAGGAUUCUAUAUUCAGACCAGGAAGGCAGAGUGAACAUCGCCCUAGCUUUCAAUGAGGCCAUCGCAACCGGGGAUAUUCAGGGCCCAGUGGUCAUAAGCAGAGACCACCACGACGUAAGUGGCACGGACAGCCCGUUCCGGGAGACCUCGAACAUUUACGAUGGAUCCGCCCUAUGCGCCGACAUGGCGGUGCACAACUGCAUCGGAGACAGUUUUAGGGGGGCGACGUGGGUGGCCCUACACAAUGGCGGAGGUGUUGGAUGGGGUGAGGUGAUGAAUGGAGGAUUUGGAUUGGUCCUCGACGGAACGAAGGACGCCUCUGAAAGAGCACGUGACAUGUUGACCUGGGAUGUUGCUAAUGGGGUAUCAAGAAGAAGUUGGUCUGGCAGUGAGAAAGCCCUGAGGACCAUUAAGAGAGCGAUGGAAAAAAAUGACCAUCUACUUGUCACCCUGCCAGAACAACCUGACCUUCAAACUCUCAAGGUCAUUGACGAUCUUGUGAAAAACAUCUGA